AUGUUUUUAAAUGGGUAAUCCUUUGAUUAGUUGAUAUAAAGAAUGAAAAAUUUUGAAGAUAAACUAAAAAAUAGGCCAGAUAUAGUAUUAGCAAAAUACUUUAAGAUACAAAAGACUAAUGAUAAAUCUAAAUGUUCAAUAUGUACAAAGGCAAAUUAAAAAUCAAUUAUGACUCCUUGCAAUCAUAUAUUCCAUGCUAAAUGUAUAGUUGAAAAGAUUAAGAAUAAGUAAUUGAAAUGUCCAGAUUGUGAUAAAAUUUAUGGAGUUCCUCCUUAACCACCUGGUACAUUUAACAAAUAAAUCAUCAAACAAUCUUGUCAAGGAUAUGAAAAUACUGAGACUAUAGAAAUUAUUUAUGAAAUACCUAAUGGAUUGUAAAAUGGGAUUCAUUAUAGAGGUACAAAACAAACUUGUUAUAUACCUAAAACUAAAGAAGGAGAAGAAUUAGCUGAUUUAUUAAAGAAAGCAUUUGAUAAAGGUCUAGUAUUUACAAUUGGAAGAUCAUUAUAGGAUGGCCAUAAGUAUUAAGUCUAAUUUAAUGAUUUGCAUCAUAAGACAAGUUUGAAUGGAGGUAAAUAUGGUUAUCCAGAUGCUACUUAUAUUGAUAGAAUGAUAUCAGAAUUAAAACAGAGAUUAAGUUGA